CGACACUCCCUGUCGUUAAAUUCCCCAACUUUUAGCAGAAAAAUUUUAUGGUGCCGGAGAACUGUCAAAGUUCGUUUUUAUUUUGUCAAUUGUGCCAUUGUUCAGAAAAUGAACGAAAAUAGUGGCAUGUAUGAAGGACAAGACGGUGAAAAGCAGCCUCUGCUCGCUACUGAGCCAACAACUUACAAUGGGGAAGCAGGAGUGGGACAACAAGCUACUGUGUCUCCAAUUGGACCAGAUGAGUUACCUCCCCCUUUUUAUCAAGCAUCGGAAAGUGGAGGAGUCCCAAUGGUAACAUGCCGAGUAUGUCAGGCAAUGGUUGAUAUUUCUGGUAAACGAGACCAGCAUGUGGUCAAAUGUGGACAAUGCAAUGAAGCUACGCCAAUUAGAAAUGCGCCCCCUGGCAAAAAAUAUGUGCGAUGCCCAUGUAAUUGCCUCUUAAUAUGUAAGAGCUCAUCCCAAAGGAUUGCUUGUCCGCGACCAAAUUGUAAAAGGAUUAUUAACUUGGCCCCCAGUCCUGUUACACCACCUGUACCUUCGAUGCCCGGCAUGUGCCGAGUAACCUGUGGACAUUGUCAUGACACUUUUCUAUUUAAUACGCUAAACAAUGCUUUAGCACGUUGCCCCCAUUGUCGAAAAGUGUCAUCUGUUGGACCUGAUUAUGCAAGGGGCAGAGGUAACAUAUUUUUCAUUUUAGCGGUGAUUUUUUUAUGCAUCGGAAUAGGAACAACUGUGGGUACUUAUGUAUAUGCAAGGUCUCAUAACGGAAUUUAUGUUUUAUAUGUUGGAGCUUUUAUAUUAGCAAUAGUUAUGCUCCUUCGUAGUAUGUAUUAUUGCUUUAUGAAAGUCAGUAUCAUAGAAGGUCCAAUGUAAAAAGAUGUAAAUGUGUUACUGAGAGGUAUGCAUGUUGGUUAUUAUAUCCUUAACAAGUAAAUUGCUUUAUCUUUUGCAUAGAAGCAAUAGGACUGGAUUUUCUGCACAAUUCACAGCAAACUACAUUAUUUGGGAGUGCUGUGUGUGAUUUUUAAAUAAAGUGAUUUGUGAUUGUUACAUGUAACAUGCAUAUUUCAUCAGUUAAUUAAUGUAGGAAAAUAGCUCCUCUAGUGAUAAAACCUCUUUUUUUUACUUUCCUUUAGAAGUAGGACAAACCUGAAAAUACAAUAAAAUAUCUAUUAUAAUCGUCAAAUAUCGAUAUCAGCAGCUUGUUUCUGUAAUUUCAAAAGUCUUAUAAAAUAUUUGAAAAUAUUUAUUCAUUUGUUGUUUGUUACUAUUAAUUACUACAUUCCCGAUGGACUAACUUUUUUUGAUAAUCAUGAUUGUGUAUAUAAUACUAUAAGUUGGUUGUAUUAUAAUUAUUUUAAAUCUGUAUGUAAAAUUCUUUAUCGUAAAUAUUAUACAGACUGUAUGAGUAAAGGCGAGUGAUAUGAAAUAAAAUAUUUUUAAACUUU